UUGACACUACGUGACUCGGACAACGAUCUUAUGAUGUCGAUCUGCACAUCCAUGCCGGUCGACCUGAGGGCCAGCCUUACUGAAAGGCUCAUCUCAUGCUUUCCAACUGAUCCCCUCAACGUUCUUGAUACUGCCACAAUCAGUCGCAGCGAGCCUCUCAAGUUCCAGGCUCUCCAUUUCUCAUGGUACAACAGACACUGCACCCGGGGACAUGACGCCCCAGUUGACGUACCCCCUCGGAAGCUCAGGUGUGCUAAUCGUUCUAGGACUAAUUAUGCACAAAUGUUACCCUACCCGUCGAAGGACAUUGAAGAGCACCACCUGAUAUACGACGCUCUGAAGACAAUCCUGAAUGAUGUAUUCUGCUGGCUUGACAAGACGGUGAGUGCUCUUCUCAGAAUUCUGCCUCAAGAAUAUUCGCACCUAGAAGCCUCUGCUAGCAUUCUUCCGGAUCACCAUACCUCCCCUGUCCACCCAUUCCUCGGACUGGUCAUCAACAUGAACAUUGCUACCUACGCCCAUCGAGACAGCAAAGACAACUCAAUCUGUCUGGUACUUCCAAUAGGCUACUUUGACGGCGGAGAACUCUGUUUGCUAGAAGCUGGCCUAGUUGUACCCCUUCAACAUGCUCAGCUGUGUGUUUUUCCCUCG